GUAAAGUCUUGGUGUCAUGCGGAGAGAGAGAGAGAGAAGUAUUGAAACAGUGUACGGUACGCGAUAUCCAGGGAGGAAGUUUGGGGGUGCCUGUGUGGUGAUUAGUUGAGGCUGAUCCAGAAUCAGAUUUAUGGCAGGCAGCUGUUGAGGGUUUGACAGACAGGCGGGUUGGAGAGCCAGCACUGCUGCGUAACACAAGCAGAUCUGAGCCACUGCUGCCUGCAGAAGAGUGUGUCAGAUCUCACUUAUACAGCAGGAUGGUUCGUGAACAAUACAUCACCACCACAGAGGAGUCUGGGCUCCUGGCACCCGUCAAUGAAUACAUCUAUAUGAUCGGGAUCUAUGGCUGGAGGAAACGCUGUCUCUAUCUGUUUGUUCUGCUUCUCCUCAUCAUACUGGUGGUGAACCUUGCGCUCACAAUCUGGAUCAUGCGGGUUAUGUGGUUCAAUUCGGAAGGUAUGGGAUACCUGCAGGUCCAUGAAGAUGGACUGCGACUGGAAGGAGAAUCCGACUUCCUCUUUCCUCUCUAUGCCGAGGAAAUCGAUUCAAGAGAGGAUUCAGAUCUUUUGGUGCACUCUUCUGAGAACGUCACUCUCAAUGCUCGCAAUGAAAAUGGUGAUGUAACAGGAAGUGUGUCUGUAGGUCCAGAUCAGGCCAGUGUCCUCGGCCAACACUUCAACAUCACUUCAAACGAUAAAGAAGAUUUAUUUUAUGCGGACAGAAAUGGGGCUGUUGUGGGAAAAGGAAGACUCCGUGUAACAGGUGAGGAGGGGGCGCUGUUUGAGCAUUCGGUGAGGACUCCUCUGGUUAAGGCAGUACUCAAUAAAGAGUUAAGACUGGAGUCUCCAACGCGCUCUCUCACCAUGGAUGCACCCAAGGGGGUUUACGUCAAAGCCUUAAAGGGUAAUUUUGAUGUGACAGCACAUUUUGAUAUUGUGCUACAUUCAUCUACAGGACUGCUUGUUCUGGAUGCUGAAUCUGUCCGUCUGCCCACGUUACCCCUGGGUGAAGCGGGAACAGGCGAGGGAAUGUAUAACAUGUUUGAGGUUUGUGUCUGUCCCAGUGGAAAGCUCUUCUUCUCUAGAGCCGGUGUCUUCUCUACAUGUAGCGAGAGCCAUGACUGCUGAAUGUGUUUCUGUUCAAAACACCAACACAAGAACCAAAUCAGCCAUACCAUCAGAGGAUUUUAUUUGAUAGCUCUGGGCAAGGUCAACAAAAAAAAUUGCAAUGUUGCAAAUAAAGAUGAUUCAUUGGGAGGUUGACAGUAUUGCCUCUGUAGUUUCUCCUGUAUAUGGAGCAAAAUGACUUUUUUUAUAAGGCUGGGCAGUAAAGGAGCUGGUCACCAGCUUACAUCCUAUGCAAUAUUAUUAUGAGGUGCAAUAAAAAAGCAAAUCCUGUAUUUAAUGUAGUCUAGUUUUUGUUCAAGAAGCACUGAGCAGUAAAGGCAUCAUCAUUUUAAUGUUAAAGAUGUGUGUCAAAAACAGGAAGUGCAUUGCCAGUACCUGCAGUAUGAUCUGUAUGUAAAAUGGAAACAAACAUGACAUUUUGUAAAUGGUUUAUAGAAGUAAUUACAUAAAGAUUAUAUUAUGUGUUGUUUGAAGAAAGGUGCUGUUAAAUUUGUAACUUUUUUGUGUAAAGGAUUAAUAUUAGAUCUGGCAUAUUCUUUAUUUCAUGUGUCAGCUUGAAAAAUUGGGAAUUGUAUUUUUAUGUUUGUAAAUAUUGGGGGAUCGGAAGUGUCUGUAUUUUACUUACAUUUUGAUUUAUGUAUAUUGUAUUUAAACAUUAAUUAAAAGUUGAAAUUUUAAUGUUCAACUAUGCAUGAUAAAGUAUGACAUGUUUAUGAUUUCUACAUCCCAACUUAAAUGUUUAAGGGGCGGUUUCCCGGACAGGGUUAAGAUUAAUCCAGGACUAGGCCUUGGUUAUAUCAGGACAUUUAAGUAGUUUAACAAACCUUACAAAAAACAAUACUGGUGUGCAUCUUAAGAAAAAACAAUGGUAUUGAUAUAUGUUAAGAUAUGUCAGUACAAGGUUUUUAAAUGAAGGCGACUCCAACAUGCAUUUUAGUUUGGAGCUAGGAUAAGCCCUGUAUACGGGAAACUGUCCUAAAUGUUUUGGUACAACCUGACAUAAAGGGAAAAUUCACCCCAAACCCCCCAAAUUUUAAUUCUGUCAUCAUUUACUCUCAUGUUUUAUAACCUGUAUAAAUGUCUUUGUUCUGCUGAACACAAAGGAAGAUAUUUGGUAUCAAGCAGGUGUACCAAUGAUUUUCAUAGUAGGAAAAAUAUACUAUGGAAGUUAAUGGUGCUCCAGAACUGUUUGGCUACAAACAGGGGCGCUGCUUAGGAUUUUGGGCCCCAUGAAAGAAUCUUGACAGGGCCCCCAACACAGCUGAGACUUUUUUCAUAUUAAUUUACAUAAAAUCAUGCGCUUUUAUGGUAUUUUGAUUACCAAUGGGGUGAGAAAAUUUUACUUGAAUUAAUUGUUUAAGAAAAAAUAAAUCUUAUUUAAAAAAAAAAUAAUUCACCCCAUUGGCAGAUAUUUUUGCUUGUUUUAAGGACAAUUUCACUUAAAUUGUAUAUUAAUUUGUCUUAAAACUAGACUUAUUUACUUAUUUAAUUAAAGCAUCUUAAUUUAAGAAUUUUUAGAGAUUUCUACUGAAAACAAGACAAAAAUACGCAAAAAAAAAUUUUCGUACAAAAAUACGAAGUAAGAAAGUCAUUUUUUGCAGUGUUUUACUAUUAAAUAUUUUUUAGCACCACAAUUUUUGGGGCUUCUCUGGGCCCCCUCUUACUCAUGGGUGCCAAAAAUCGUCAUUGUUUACCCCCCUUUAGAGCGCCCAUGGCUACAAACAUGUCUCAAAAUAUAUUUCCUUGCGUUCAGCAGAACAAAUACAUUUAUACAGGUUUGAAACAACUUAAAGUUUAUUAAAUUACUGAUUUUUUUUGGGGGGGGGGGGGGUGACUACCCCUUUAAUUCUGGCCAUAUAAUCAUUAAAGUGGAAUAUUUUGUGUUUUCAAUAAAUGUAUAAAAAUAG